AUGCGGGCAUCUACAGCUGACUGGGUGCUUAUGGGUUUCAUCCUUCACAUCUCUGGAACUCUGGGAAAGACAAGGAACAUUUGUGCCUUAAGAGGUUCGUCAGUGAAUCUGACCUGUGCCGCUGAACAUUCUGCCAAUGUGAGCUGGUACAUCGUGCACAGAAAUGGAUCCACGUUUCCCCUGAAAGAGCUCUCUGUUGAUGAAAAGUAUCCAGGGACUAACAUCACUCUCACAAUCACAGAUUUAAGAGAGAGUGAUGAAAAUGUGUAUUGCUGCAAAGAUAUGAACAAUACAGAACUCUGCGAGGAAAGCUCGACCGAGAUUCACAUCGCAGAUCUACAGGUGAAGGUGUUACCCUCCACAGAGGGUCAAACAGUGAUACUGAUGUGCAGCACCAGCUGCCCUCUGACUGAAAAUCCUGGAUACAUCGUGUGGUUUAAGAACAGAGGGUUCUUUUAUGAAGACUGGUCUCCUUGGUACCAAGAGUUUAUCAGCGGUGAGGAAGCAGCCAGGUACUCUUGUGCCGUCAAAGGCUACGAGGAUCUCCGAUCUCCUGAGGUGUCAGUGGAUUCUGUCACUCCAAACUGCUUCAGCGUGACUUAUGAGAAGGGGAAAAUGUGUCCUGGUAACCUGAAGUCAGUGGAUGCACCAUGCUCAAUCACAUACCCCAGAGGAAUUCAUGUUCAAUUCACCUCCAAGAGGUACGAUCAUGUGGGACUGACCUGUAACACCAGCUGUCCUGAGGCUGACCCUCACACGGCCUUUAGGUGGUACUGGGACAGAGCGUUAAUGAGUUCAUGUGAAAGUCAGAAUGUUGCAUCUUUCCAAAAUUUUGCACAACGCUUCUCGUGCGCUGUCAAAGGCAACGAAGAUCUGCACUCUGAAGAAAUAUGCAGACAAACUUCAUGCACCUCUAAAGCGAAUUACGUUAGGGACAGAGUGUGCGCCCUGGAAGGUUCUUCAGUUGACAUUAUCACUGCAUCCCCAUACGAGGAACAUGUAAUGUUCAAUGCAGUAUGGUUUAAAGCAAAGCUGAAUUUUUACAAGGACUAUACUGCAAAAGGGCCGUGGGACAGUAAUUUUAAACUGUUCGUGUUCUCGAGCCUUGUGGAAAAUUUUGACGAUAAAGAUUACCUUUACACGCUCAGAAUCAAUGACUUGAAGAGGAAUGACUCAGGAAGAUAUCUGUUUUCAUUCAAGAAACAGAGCAUGAUGCUGAUUGUCACAGGUCUUAAAGUGAUUAUGAAUCCCUCGGCGGAGGUCACAGAGGGUCAGAAGGUCACUCUGACCUGCAGCACCAGCUGUCCUCUGACGAUGACCACAACCUACAUGUGGUAUUUUAAUGGUGAGCCUCUAAAUGGGCCUGUGAACCAAAAGAAACACCUGAUUCUGGACCCCGUUGACCCUCAGCACGCAGGAAACUACUCCUGCGCCGUCAGAAUUUCUAACCUUCUGAGCUCCACUGAGGAGACUCUCACUGUCAAAGCACGUGAAAAGUAUGUGAGAAUAUUGAAUGGAGUAAAAAUUGCUCUUUUGUUGCUGAUGCCUGCUUUUUUAUUUAAACUCUACUUAAUGAGAAACAAACAAGAUGCCUCUGCCAGGUUGAGUGUGAAGGACCAAACUGAAUAGAGAACAGCGAAAUGAAGACCUGUUGGAAACUGGAUUUGGAUGUAAGGCUGAUAUAAGACGACUGGGCAGACAGCCUGAAAGGCUAAACAUGGACACCUCAUAUGAAUUUGUUAAAUAAAGUGCAUUUUUACUGCACUUUGAAAAUAAAAGAAGUGUGCAAUGCUCUUAUCGGUGGUUGAGCAGCACAUCCGCUCUGGAACCUUCCUGCUAGUCUGUAUGGCAUGUUUGAAAGCUUCUGAUGAUCUCUUGUGAUUUGUGACUCUUGGGGUAAAAACAGCUACAUUCUCAUCUUAGAUAAUGAACGGAGCAUGCUGCUUGCCUUGACAAUUUUGGUUUUGAGGUCAAUUAUUUUUUCAUUUUUAGCUGCAUAUCUGUAUCAUUAUAGCUUGGUGUACUCAUUAGUAAAGAGUUGUUGUUUUUUCUAAUGGUAACAUAUCAUUUGAUAAAUGUUAGCCAUCUUUUCAGCCUAUUCACACUCUCUAUUCAUCAAUUAAAACUCAUUAAUCCAAUAGAUGCAAACAAACACAUGUUAUCACAUGCCAUUUAAGAUGACAUUUAAUAAUGAUAUGUAUUGCAAA